CUGUUUUUGGUUGUUGUUUGUCUGCAAAUUAAAAAGAACUUUCUUGUUGUUGUCUCUGCCCCAUUUCUCCUCACUCCCACAAUUCCACUUUACAAUCCCUAAAAAACUUCCUUCUUUUCAACUCUUCUUUAUGCUUCUCGACCUUAAUGUUCUGAUUGAUUUCUGCUGCUGGUGCAACUAUAUUUAACUCGUAGGAAUACAAAUCAGAAACUUCUUUCUAGGUGUUGAUAAUAAAAUGCAGUUACAUCACCAUCCAUUUGAUUUGGACAGCCAGAAAGUGAGACUUGCAUUGGAGGAGAAAGGCAUUGAUUAUACAUCUUACCAUGUCAAUCCCAUAACUGGCAAGAACUUUGAUUCCUUAUUCUUCCAGAUGAAUCCCAGUGGAAGCCUUCCUGUUUUCCAAAACGGCUCUCACAUCAUUUACAAGACUAUUGAUAUAAUUCAGUACAUAGAAAGAAUUGCUGUAGUCUCUACAGGGUCUGAGGAUAUCAGUAGCAGUAGGAGUGAAGUUAUUGGAUGGAUGCAGAAGAUACAAGAGUGGGAUCCUAAAUAUUUCUCCCUUUCCCAUAUACCAGAAAAAUACCGAGUUAGUGUUUCCAAGUUCAUAAGGCGGGUGAUAAUAGCUCGUAUGUCAGAGUCACCUGAAUUAGCAGGUGCAUACCAUAGAAAAUUAAGAGAAGCCUAUCAAACAGAAGAAAAAUUGAAAGACCCUGAUGUUUUGAGAAGGAGCAAGGAGCAUUUGGUUAGACUGCUUGAUGAAGCAGAGAGGCAACUGAGUGAAGCGCCUUAUUUGGCAGGCGAAGAAUUUAGCAUGGCUGAUGUGAUGCUCAUUCCGGUUUUGGCUCGUUUAGUACUCUUGGAUUUAGAGAACGAGUACAUAACUGGAAGGCCAAACAUUGCUGAAUAUUGGGUUUUGGUUCAGCAGAGGCCUAGUUAUAUAAAGGUGAUUGCUAAACAUUUUGACGGUUGGAGAAAGCACAAAACAUUGUUAAAAACUUGGUGCUUUGUUUGUGUUAGAAGUUUGCUUAAGCGAUACUAGCGAGGUUUGUAUUAGGAUCUUGUUCCAUGGUUUGGUUGAAUAAGUAAAUACAUGAAAGAACUUUUUCUGAUUUAUGAGAAACUAUAUUCUGUCUUUUUUUAUUUUUUUUCUUGUUCUUGGAAUAGAAGGGGAAUUCUUUUUUCUUUCUCCCUUACCGCUUGGUGAUAUUAGGUACUGAGCUAAGCUUGCACUUAUUCUAGAAUGAAACAAUCCAUUUUUGCCAUCUUCCUUCAUUGUCUAAAGAAGAGGCAAAUUUGUGUAUUCAAUCAAUUAGCAAUUUCCAUGCAAUGUGUAUAUGAUAUUGGAAGUUGGAACAAUACCUUCCAGUAAGGAUUGCUGCUUGUUAGUGUAA